AUGCCCGGAGUUGCGGCUGGGUACGGCAGUGAUGACGAAGGUCCAGCACCCGUUCCUUAUGGGUACGGCGCGUUGCCUGGAGAUCGUCACCCACGCAAACGUACAGCGGCCGAGAUUCAGCAGUAUGGCAUCCAACAAAAUUCGAGCGGCCAUGUGCGUUCCCGACUUGGAGUUGAGCUUCAAUUGCGGCCUACCCUUGCAGAGACACGUCCUCGUCCAAGUCUGCAGUAUCACAAGGCCUUACUGGAGCUUGUUCAAAAAGCAAAAGUGAAUGUGAUGAAGUCCGACUAUGAUAUCCUCAGGGAAAACCACCGUUUUCUUCGUAGCGAUGAAGCUGACGACAAAUCUUGGGAGUCAAGACUUGCCCGCAGGUACUACGAUCGUCUUUUCAAAGAGUAUGUCAUUUGCGACUUGUCCGGGUAUCGCAACGGUCAGGUGGGCUUCCGUUGGCGCACAGAGGCGGAGGUGUUGCAUGGCCGAGGGCAGUUUAGCUGUGGUCACAAGCAUUGUUCGUCAAAGGACGGGUUGAGAAGCUACGAGGUGGAUUUCAAAUAUGUGGAGGAAUGCAGCAAGCGCGCGUUGGUGAAGGUUCGUUUGUGUCAGGAUUGUGCCUUCAAGCUGCACUACCAACGGCUCAAGAAAGCACGGAAGCAGCGGCGAAGAGCGGGGCAGUCGGGUCAGAAGGGAGGAAGUCAAGACGAUGCCGAUCUGCAAGAUGCACAUGUUUCGGAGAAUGGAACUGAAGUUGCAGAGGUUGCAGAGGUUGCUGAGGCGUCAGUCCCAACAGCCCCAACACCCUCGACAGCCGCAACAGCUACAGCUUCAGACCUUCGACUCCUCGAGGCUCUGGCAUGGCAAGGCCCUGAUCCCAACAUUCGGAGCCGGGAGGAUGACAUCGACGACUUCCUUCGAGACUUGUUUCCGUGA